GGUGGACCGGCCACUACAGAGGGUGGGCCAGCCACUACAGAGGGUGGACCAGCCACUACAGAGGGUGGACCAGCCACUACAGAGGAUGAGGGUGCUAUGCCAGCCACUACAGAGGUUGGGCCCACCCCUGCCUCUCACCGCCAGCUCCCCUGCGACCCCAGCCAGGCUCACGUCACAGCUGCGCUGCCCACGAUUCCCCAGCGUACAGCUUCGCCUGGUGAAGCCACAGCCUCCCCCAUGCGGAACCUUUCUGGACGAGAGAGAGACGGGAGGCUGAUACAGGCAGCUAAGCAGGGGACAGUGGGGGCGCUGCAGGAGCUCCUUGCGAUAGGCGCAGACGUGGGGGCGAGAGACGAGAACUGGAGUGGAUGGACCGCCCUCCACUGGGCAGCAUACUGGGGAGAUGCGGAGGCGGUGAGGUGCCUGGUAGAUGGCGGGGCCCAAGUGGACGCCAGAGACCACAGGAAGAUCGCGCCUCUGCAUUUGGCUGCAUUCAAUGGCCACACGGCUGUGGUACAGAUGCUCCUGGCGUCCUCUGCUGAUCCCAACUCCAGGCACCAUUGGGGAGGGACACCUCUGCACGCGGCAGCACACAGUGGCCACGCAGACGUGGUGGCUGUGUUGCUGGAGGCAGGAAGUGAGAUGCGAGCCAGAGAUAACAUGGGGAAGACCUCCCUGGACUACGCCAGGCUGAAUAAACACCAGCACCUGGAAGAGAUGCUAUUUUGAAGCUU